GCCAAUACGAACGAGAGAUUCUCCUUUGAUAUUUGUAUGAGUACCAAUGGUCAUGCAAUACUAAAGACACAUGAAGGUUCUCUGAUGACGCAAGGUCAUGUGCAUUUAUAUCAUAUAGUAAGGACUUUUGAGGGAGCAGAAGACCUCAAGAGGCUUCAAAUUAGGAACUUUCACGAAUUGGAUUGGAAUGAUGUGGAAAUACAAGUCACAUGUUUAACACCAAAUAUGCCUGUAGUUCGCUGUGGAGUUUAUGUGUACACACAACACUCAAACAUGGAGAAUUUGCGGUUCAAGUCUUCUCAGCUUUCCAUGAAUGCUCCAACAUCUUCACUGAAACGAAGAGCCAAUGCUUCUAAUGAACCACCCAGCAAGUUCCUGAAAAAGUUCAAUAACUCGAUGAAAGGGACAAGGAGAGUUAAACGACACCGAAUUUUCCUUUCGUGUCGCAAGAGAAAGAUAGUAUUUCCUGUGGGUAAGCAUGUUUGGAGACUUAUGUAUUAUAACUGUUAGCCAAUUAUUAGAAAGCCGAUGAUAAGUAGUCCCCCCCCCUCCGGGUCCCCGGGGGGCUAUGCGCUAUCAUUGUAAGUAAUAAAUUGGUAUUAAUGUUGAUGGCGAAAAGAAAGGCAUGGUUAUCAACUAUGUUUCUUUUCACAAUAUAAUGGCAUUUAUUAUAGAAACUAGGUAGAUUUGUUAAAAUAGU